GUCAGCCAGCCCACUCGGUGUUCCCUGCGCGGCGCGGCAGUGACAACAAGACGAGGAGGAAGAGGCGCAACGACAGCUUCUCUUUGGAUCGUCGACUGCCUUCCUUGCGUGACAACACGGGGAUCGCCUUCGAGAUUCGGGUUGCUCCCAUUCCGGCGGAAACAUGUCCGAAUUAUUGCGAUACAUCGACUACGACCACAAGGCGACGUUCCUAAAGAUGCUCAACCAGCAGCGGAUGGAAGGUGAGCACUGUGACGUAGUGGUGGUGGUGGAGAAUAUCGAAUUCAGGGCUCACCGCUGCGUCUUGGCGGCCUGCAGCAACUACUUCAAGAAGCUCUUCAAGAAGCAGAACGACGAGGACAACUCCAUCGUGGAGCUAGACUUCAUCCGCUCGGACAUCUUCGAGGAGGUGCUCAACUACAUGUACACGGCUCGCCUGGCCGUCAGGAAGAAGGACAUCAACAUGAUGAUGUCGUCCGGCCAGAUCCUGGGCAUCAACUUCCUGGACAACUUGUGCUCGCAGAAGCGGGAGCUGACCAACAUGAAGACGCGGGAGAACCAGGCCCCCGGCGACCACGGCCUGCGGGCCCAGGACGCCAUCCUGAAGGAGCUGGCCAUGGAGGAGGUGAGGAAGAACAGCUUCUACGACCAGGGUAUGGACGGGAUGGGCGCGGGGGCGUCCCACGUGCCCCAGCCGCACGGCUACAACACGGGCAUGACCAAGGACGCCCACGCCCACGGCUGGGGCUCGUCGUCGUCCAGCGACAUGAAGUUGGAGUACCUGCUGUAUGGCCACCGCGACCACGGCUCCUGCCCGAGCGCCGGCGCCAAGCCCUUGGAGCACAGUGCCAAGAAGGAGCGCCUGCUCACCGCCAACCGGCCGUACGGCUGCGAGCACUGCCCUAAGGCCUUCACCACCGCCGCCCACCUCAAGGAGCACCUCAAGAUCCACUCCGGCUUCAAGCCGCACCGCUGCGUGGUGUGCGGGAAGGCCUUCAUCCGCGGGCCCGACCUCAAGCGCCACGAGCGCGUGCACAGCAACGAGCGGCCCUUUGCCUGCCAGCUCUGCGAGAAAGCCUUCAAGCACAAGUCGCACCUGAAGGACCACGAGCGGCAGCACCGCGGCGAGCGGCCGUUCAACUGCGGCUCGUGCGACAAGGCCUUCAUCAAAGCGUCGGACCUGAAGCGCCACUGGAACACCAUGCACAGCGGCAACCCCCGCAGACAGAUGUCGCUGUCGCCGGCCGCCUCGCAGCACGCCACCGACGACCAGAGGGACUGGAAGCUGGAGACGGCGGCACACUCGCACAACUCUGACUGCUGAGUGGUGGCAGCGGGUGAGGGGGGCGCGCUUUUUGACGCAAAACCCUGACAAACAAACUCUUAACGGGCAGGGGGUGCAAGCCACAGACAUUUAACCGAUUGGGGUGGGCCCACGGAGAGAGCGGCGCAUGUUCAAAAGAGUUGCUAUCGAUGGAAAGAUGUUGUCUCCAUGUGUAAACUCAUGUAAAUGUUUAGUUCACGCUACUAUACAUCUCUUUUUCACACAGCACCGCAAUUUCUCAUCACCACUUUUACUUUGGCGGGGUCUCUAACAUUUGUUUUAACCGGGGGUGUCCAAAAAUAGAAAAACAAUCCAAUGUGGGUAGAUUUAUGCUGAACUCACUGAACAAAACAAUAUAUUAGCUGACAAAGCAAAUUAGUGUAAUAUCUAAUUGAUAAAGAAUUGUAUUUUAAUAUGCCGAGGACUGAAAAUGGCCCCAAUGCCGCACUUUGGUCACCCCUGGGGAUAACCCUCAUGGAUUUUAUGGCGCCAAAAAGGAGUGUGGGGUGAGGGCGGAGCUUGGGCUUAACAUUAGUUGCGUCGCGUAUAUUCAUGUGAAUGUUUUUAAUGGACGUGUUUAGUUGUACUGAUUUGAAUAUUAUUAUUAUUAUUAUUACACUGUACGAGUCAAUCGCCAUUCAGAGUCAGACCAAAGUGUUGGAUUGCGGGGCCGCUUGACUAGAUUUACUGUUAUACAGUAUGGAAGUGUCACCCGCCUAUCAGCAGUCAAGGAUAGACCUUGUGUACAUACGCUCGCUUAGGUUGUUGCACAAUGACAGUUCACAAUGAGGAAUUAUGCACACACACACACAAAUAUAUAAAUAUAUCGAUAAUGUUGUCUGACGCUUUGACAAUAAACACCAUUUGCUGUGUU